GAAUCAUCAUUCGCCCACCACCUAGAGUUGGAGUGCGUUUGAAGCAGGAACCUAAGCGGCUGAAAAUGGAGUCCGGAAAGGUCAGGGCAUCGCAUAUCCUGAUAAAGCACCAGGGCUCCCGUCGGAAGGCGUCGUGGAAGGAUCCAGAAGGUAGCGUCAUCUCCGCCACCACGAGGGACGCCGCCGCCGCCCAGCUCAGAGCCCUCCGCGACGACAUCCUCUCCGGCAAGGCCAAGUUCGAGGACGUCGCUUCCCGCUUCUCCGACUGCAGCUCCGCCAAGCGCGGCGGCGAUCUCGGACCAUUUGGUCGCGGCCAGAUGCAAAAGCCUUUUGAAGAAGCAACGUACGCUCUGAAGGUUGGAGAAAUCAGCGACAUUGUCGAUACUGACAGUGGCACUCACAUAAUCCUGAGGACGGGCUGAAAGUGCGAAAGGAUGCCCUGAAGCAUCUCUUCAGGCUAGAAUGAAGCGACAGAAUAGAAUGUUUUAAGUAGUUUCUGCUCUUGCCUUUGAUGUUCCAAGGCCUUUGCCUGGUUGUGUGCCCUUGGCUUUGCUUUAUAACCAUUGGGCUACUUUGCUGUUCCAAUGCUAUCUGGGUUGUAUCUGCACUGAAGAAGAGACAUCUGGACUUGAAAUGUUAGGGCCUAUUUCAAUAUGUCACCCCUUUUUAAUUUUUA